UACUUAGUUCACGUCAAAACAAUCCCGGAAGUCGACGUUUCACAUUGUAAGGCAAGAGUGCAAGCUUAUUUCUCCUUCAGCUUUUGUAACUUAUUUGCUUCGUUUACCCGUAAAUGCAUGUAAUUUAAUAAUUCGAAAAUUUACCCAGCCUUGUAUUUUAGAGCCACAGUCCGAUCGUGCCACUUUCGGAUAAUCACCAUACACAAGGACUAGCCGCCAUGGGCAAUGGAAUGAAUAAGGGGAACCAUUUGAAGCCUGACUAUCAUGCAGAGACUAAGAAGAGUACAACAUGUCUGUGACUUGUGCUUCACAGGUUGUUGAUGGCCUGUACCUUGGGAAUAUAAGAGAUGCAGAAAACCGCCAAAGCCUAUCACAGAAUGGCAUCACCCACAUCCUCUCUGUGUACAACAAUGCCCGGCCCGUAUUUGAGGACAAGACUUACCUUUGUAUUCACGCAGCAGAUGCCUCUAGCCAGAAUCUGUUGCAACAUUUUAAAGAAUGCAUCCGCUUCAUCCAUGAGUGUCGCCUGAAUGGCGGGGCGUGUCUCGUUCACUGCCUCGCAGGUGUCUCCCGAAGCACGACAAUGGUGGUGGCCUACCUGAUGACUGUCACCCAUUACAGCUGGGAGGAAUGUCUCACCGCCGUCAAGGCCGUUCGCUCUUUUGUUGGGCCCAAUUGCGGCUUCCAGGAGCAGCUGCAGGAGUACCAAACCACGCAAGUCUCAGAGUAUCGAGCGUGGCUUGAGUCCAGUUUCCAAGCCAGUCCGUUUAAGGACCAGGAGCAAGUGGGCGCCCUGCUGAUCCAAUACACGGAGCAACAGGAGAACCAGAGACAAGCCAGAGACCAGCGCUGGAUAAAACAGGACGUGGACGCGUGCUCCCUUCCGCCCACUCCGGCUCAUCCCGAAGGCAGCAGCUGAAACACUAGGCCCGCCACUAAAUCACCCGACAAAAUACUUAAUUUAUGCAUCACGCUAACCUUUUUAGCACCGGGUUGAUUUUGCUGCGGGCUAUGCGUACCUCACCCCUAGUACCUCCUUGUUUCCUUCACCGAGCCCAUCAGUGCUCAGACGCCUUACUCUAAAAGCCUCAGCACCUUAAUCAUGAUGACAUCACCUAUGCUUCCAUGUGAUCCUCCCGACCUGUUGCAAUAUGCUCAGCAUUUGCCUCCGAUUACACGGGAUGUCGACCACCCGCUUUGGUGAACUACUGCUUAUUAAUUUUGUGUAAAUCAGUCAAUUCCAAAAAAUGGAGGUAAUCCUAAAGGUGGAAAAUGAACGAACGUAUGUUGAUUUGUGUGUUUCAUACAAGGCUAUGUUGACAGUACAAUGUUUAGUUUUAAUGAAGGAUCUUGGAAGUACAAACACUACCAUCUUCCUGAUUUUUAGUGAAGCUCUGAUUUAUCAUUGUAGUGUUUGUAGAUUGUCUUGUGGUUUUCUUGGUAAAAGUAUUGCACACUACUGUUUUUGUUUUGUAAAAAAAAUAAACGGAUU